CAGGCAGUGGUGUGUGUGUGUGUGUGUGUGUGUGUGUGUGUGUGUGUGUGUGUGUGUGUGUGUGUGCCUACCUCGACCCACAGCCCAGAGCCUGAAUAACAGUAGGAGGAAAAUGGACGGAGUGGGUUCAUUUGGCGCUGGGAGAGCCGGGGCUGCGUUCGACCCUAUUGCCUUCAUCCAACAGCCGCAGACCAUCCUUAGAAUAUUAUCAUGGGUCUUCGCAAUGGUAGUGUUUGGAUCCAUAAUAAAUGAAGGCUACGUCAACCAUGGCAGUGAGAGGCUCUACUGCGUUUUCAACAAGAACAACAACGCCUGCAACUACGGAACCACCAUCGGGCUCAUAGCAUUUCUAGCAUGCAUUUUCUUCGUUAUCCUUGACAUAAAGUUCCAACAAAUCAGCAGUAUUAAAGACAGGAAGAAGGCAGUGAUGCUGGACAUUGGAUUUUCAGGUUUCUGGGCGUUUUUGUGGUUCGUUUGUUUCUGCUUCUUGGCCAACCAAUGGCAGAACACCACCCCAGAUGAGCUGCCCUUAAAUCAGGGAGCGGAUGCUGCCAGAGCUGCCAUUACCUUCUCCUUCUUCUCCAUCUUCACCUGGGCUGGUCUGACCGUGAGAGCGGUGCAGAAGUACAUGCUAGGGACCGACAUGAGCCUCUUCACCACAGAGCACAUUGACGGCAACCCCCCUGUCCAGCCCUACCCCACCGGCACGAGCACCGACCCCAACGACACAUACCAGAGCCCACCCUUCACCGAAAACCUGGACUCCAACACCCCAACCUACCAGGUGCCGAUUUACUAAAGCGGUGCCUAGCGAACGUCCACAUGCGAUGUCAUUGGUGUGUCAGAGUCAGUGUGGAUGGCCGGCGCUGGUCUUCAAACUGAAGUGGUGUGACAAUGUUCAUAGGUAGUACCGUUCCGUGAACUUCUGUACAAGAAUAUGUUGAUCGUGAUUUCACUUUCGUUUGGAAUAUUACGUGUUAAUUUAUCAGCUGGAAUGAAACCGUUCGGGGGGUUAUCAGUGUUGUUUAAAAAUGAAAAAGGUUAUGUUGCAUGUUAUAUUUAGAGAGCUAUGAAGUGCCAUGCAUCACAAACAAUACCUUAUAUAUUCAGUUUCCAUAAUGUCGUUGGGUACUGUAUAUAAAGUGCAAUAUCUGAAACAUGGAAUCACCAAAACGUUUAUGACACAUUUAAAUGUUCUCCAACGAAAAGCUUACAAGAGGCGGUCUUCCUAAAAGAGGGUAAAGUUUCGCUGUAGAUAAGGGUGUCUUAUGUAUCAAGUGUGUAGAAAAGGUGUCGAUUCGGUGUUUGAUUUAGCGAAGCCACUAAACGCGUUAAGACAAAGCCAGAUUUUAUUUGGGAAGGAGUUUUGCAGCUUGCAGCGCGUGAAUACUUCUGACCGCAUCAGAAUCUACGAAAGAAAUGAAUCCCACUAAAAAGAUUUCAAACAAAUAAUGUUUUUGUUUUUUAAUCAGAGCCGCAAUCAGUCGACAUUUUAAAACUGGGGUUAUACAAACAUAUAAACCGGCAUUUAAAACGAGUGCUUUAUGAAUACAUUUACAAACUGUGAUACCACUUGGUAUGUUUUCAACAUUAGAAAUUGCUAGUAAGUAAAAUGUGUCAUUUUUAAAAGAAAUGAAUGCUUUUAUUCAGCAAGGAGACAUUGAAUUGAUCAAAAGUGACAUUAAAGACAUUUGUAAUGUUACAAAAGAUUUUUUUUUUUUUUUUUUUAUCAGUGCGGUUCUGUUAAACUUUCUAGUCAUCAGAUAAUCCUAUAAAACAUUGAUAAUAUAACAUUGAUAAUAAUAAUGUUUCUUGAACCACAAAUCAGCAUAUUAGGAUGAUUUCUGAAUGAUCAUGCGACAAUGAAAAAUGUAAUGAGUAGUAAUGGUAUCGAUAAUUCAGCUUAAUCAUAACAGGAAUAAAACAAAUUUUAAAAUUGUGUUAAAAAACGUCGUUUUAAAAUCGUAAUAUUACCGUUUUAGUGUAUUUUUGAUCAAAUAAAUGCAGCCUUGGUGAGCAGAAGAGACUUCUUACCAAAACGUGGUUUGAAAAGUAAUUAGUUUGGAGCACCCUUCAGAUAUUCAUCAGUUGGCUGUUGUUUAAAAAAAAAAAAAAAAAAAAACCUGUUUGGUGACCAUCAUCAGUGCUUUGUUUGAAAUGUGGUAGAUUUUGGUAAUGUUUCUGUGUUCAGAGAUAGGGCAACAUACACAAAUGAUAGUGAUUGUACAUCAAUACAUGUAAAUGGAGUACGUUUGUGAAAGUGGUCAGGGUCUUGUGUUUCCUGUACUUAACUCUGCACUCCUCUUAAAAUGCUUCAUGGACCAAUAUUAUUACAGAACAGUUUUGGAGUGAUUCGCUGAGGUAUGUUUUGCUGGAUCAAAAUUUGCACCUCUAAAAAAAGUAUUAUAGAUGAUGAAGAGACGUGAAAAUAAAAGCCUUAUUUAGUUUUUGUAUCUGUACCCCAUUGAAGGACAAAGUGCAAAAUUUGCAUCAGUAAAAAUGCCUUGACCUUGUCCAUGACUCUUUUUAAAUACAUAUUACAUACUGUAUCUGCAGGCAAUAUAUCCCAUCUUGUGAUUGAAAGAUGUACACAAAAGAUUUGUCGUUGUCAGUCAGAAUGUCUUCAGACUGCAGUUGUCAGACAUUACGAAAAUAAAGACAUGUUUUGAGUGGA